AUGAAGCACGAAUACCGAUCGUUUUCUCUCCUCUUCUUCCUCUUUGUUUCAAUCUUCCUCCAAAAUCAUUCAUCGCAUCACGCGGCAACAUUCUUCGUCAAAGCCGAGCGAAUGGAUUUCAAAACCUUGCGAAAGACGCGAUCGAUUCCUCUCACGAAUGAAAAUGGGUUGAGCAUGUGCACGAUGACCUUAAACACUCAGGAAAUGUUUGGAUGCUACACGAAUCAGAACGAGAAUGGUAAACGAGGGAAGAUUGUGCGCGUGGAGACCGAGGCUCAGUUGGAGGCUUUUGGGACUGAAAAGAGAGGAGAGAAAGAAGCGAACGUGGUGACGGCGCCGAUGAGAAUGAUGAAACAAGUUUUGAAAAAAGUGGAAGAGAGUAAAGAUGUUCUCGUUUCUGCUGUUCUCGUCGAGCAUCCAUUGGCGUUUCUUGAUGCGAAUAAGGGAGGAGAUGAUGCGGAGAAGGAAGCGGCGGAAGCUGGAUUCUAUCGCGGCGUGCCGGAAUCCGACUCGAAAGAGGACACGAAAAGAGUGAACGUAGGCCAAACGCCGGUGGCGUUUUUAGGCGUAAACGCGACGAGGAAAGUCGUUUGGGCGGCAAACGAGAACGUGAAGAGAGAAAAGGUACAAAAAUCGUCGAAAACAAAUUUCAUGGGUAGAGACGAGCUUUUAUACGCUUCCGUGGACGGCGCGAUGGACGCCGCGGGGAAGACGAGCGAGGAUAUGAAACGCGCGAAUAGCAUCACGUGUUUAGAUAAAAGGACGUGUUUGCCCAUUGGAGGGUACUCGAUCGCGACGGCAUUUUUAGAUGGGUUUUCCAGAUACUUGUACAACGAAAGCGCGCCUUCGAUAUUCGUGACCGCGAGGUUGGAUAAAACGACGUCCAUGUUUCGCGACGAAGCGCGAGGCGCAAACGCGGUAUACUCGAGUUUGAUUUCUUUCUUAGUCGCCGCGGAAGUGGUGAAUGAUUUAGUCGUAGACGGACCAAACUUGGAGAAACCAAUCGUGUUUGCCGCGUUUGCCGGAGAAGAGUACGACUUAGUCGGGUCGAAGAGGAUGAUGGAAGAGUUCCCGGGGUUGGUGGAUACCGUAGUUGAAAUUGGACCGGUUGGCUUUGCCUCUUCUUCAAAAGACGCGUUGUACGUCCACGAACAAUACAACCAGACCGACGAUACGUUCGAAGAUUUCUUAAAAGUCCAAAGCGCGGCGAACCGAGAAACGCUCGGCGAAGAUUCGUUGUCCGUGAAAGAAGUCUCUCGAGGCGUCGAGGUCCCGAAAGGCUCCUCUUUGAACUCGUUCACCAACGUCAGCGGAAGUCGAUUGACUUUAACCGAUUACAACACGUUCGAAUCGGAUGAUCCUUUUUACGGAACUAUGUUUGAUUCUGGUUUGGAUAAAAUCAACGUGAAACGAAUCGCCGAAGUUGCUCGAUUAGUUGCCGGCGCCGCGCUUCGCAUGAGCAUGAAAGACAAGGAACAAUUCGCGGUGAAGGAGGACGUUUUAAAUAAACUGGUCGACAACGAUUUCGUGCAGCAAACGAUCGCGACGGCCUCGGAGUUGGCGGAAUGUUUAGUCGAUCCGAAAGUUGGUUUAAGAAAGUGUUCGUUUUCUCAAAAGUACGACGUGUUCGGCUCAAAUGCCCCGUCCGAAGAAGACGAAGCGAACGAAACAAACAACAUCGGAUCCUCCUACGUCGGCGUCGUUCAAUACAUCCCAGAAGAUAUUCAAACCUCCGAAGCGAAAUCACCGAUUCAGAGAUUUGUAUACGAGCACCUCUCGCGCGUUGCCAACGGCACGGCAAGCACAACGUAUCGUCUCGCUUUGCCUUCACAACUCAAGUUUGACCGGGACUCGUACGCGUGGCAAGUUCGGGACGGAAACGCGAACGGGUACGAAAUCUGGACUGAAUCGAAUUGGUCGGCGAAAAUCGGCGUGACUAUCGAGAGCAACAAAGGGUGGUUCUUUGAGCCGAUCGCGACGGCGUGUGCCGUAGUGAUUGCCACUUUGUUCUGUUUCUUCGGCGAGCGGAUGUUGGAACGCGCGUUGACACGAGGAGGAAGCUCGAGCUCGACUUCCUCCCAAAAGCUUAAUAGCGGUAUGGAUUUAGAUUAG